CUCAUCACCAAGGCCUCUAAGGUUGUUUUUAUUUGAAAGCCAAUAUAAAACCUCCGUUCAAUAUGGUUAGUCUUUCUAAAAUCGGGGAAGGGUGCGAGACGGUGUCUGUAGUAUAUUUAAGUGAAAUGUAUAUUAGUUGAUAAUUUAUAUUUAAUUUUGGUAUAGUAAAUAUUUUAAGUCAUGGGUAAUAACCAUAGCCGUGAUGGAUCUCCCAAGCAUGGAAUUUCGCGCAACAAUUCUGGAGUUGACCUACACGACAAAGUACCAUCUCAGCUCCUCCCCAUCGAUAAAUUAUCAAAGUUACUUACUCAAAAGACAUUGGAAGAAGACUCAAUUGAAAAUGGAGUGUCUGUUGGAACUUUUGUGCGUUACCUGUUUCCCAAGUAUCCAGAGCUUGGGCAGAUUCUCUUCUCCUACUGGCAGCAAAGCGCAGGUGUGUCUUCUAGCGUUCUGUCUCCAACCAUGUUCAAAGUUCAGGUUGACAAGCUGAUGACAGUCAUGACUGAUGAACAACAAAUCCAGAUGUACGUCAUGAUGUAUGCUGGGAAUGCAGAAUACAUGAACACAGAACAAUUCCAGAGCCUGUUACUUACUGUCUACAAGAUAUCUAUGGACCACUACCCUGAAGGCCCACAGAGCUGUCGGCAACUUUUCAAAACACUUGAAGCUAUAUCUAACUCUGCAUUCCACAAGAAAGACUCACUACCAGUGAUCUACCUGGCUCAUUGGCUAGAAGAGCAUUGUAAGCGUUUAGUGACAGUUCUGCACCGAUACAUUGUCCACAUACUCACAACAGGCUUUCACAGUGUCACAGAACGGCUUGAUGAUAAAGACCAGGGUCUAGAGCUGACAACCCCAGUGUUGGAGAAGGCACCUGCUCCAUGGGACAAGCCUAAGCCCUUGCUGCCAGUCUCUCAGGUGUGGAUCUUGGCCUGCACCCUCCCUGCUCUGUUUACCAAGCCACAGCACCAUUCUCCCGCCAUUUCAUCCAACAACGGAUUUUGCACCAAGAACUACCUAGCCCGAAUCUUAGAUCUAUCUUGUCCAUCUCAUUGGACUAUGCUCUACAAUAGCAACCAACAUGGGCUUGGAGCAAACAGAUUUCUGCAUCACGUUUUGAGUUACCGCGGGGCCACUCUGACUUUCCUGCGUGGGGAGCAGGACAUAGAGUUCUGUAUCGGAGCUACGCAUGAGUGGCAAGAAUCCCACCUCUACUGGGGAGGGGAAGACAGCAUCAUAGUACAGAUACUACCACUCUACCAUGUUGUUCAGCGUGGUCCUAAGUUAUUAUAUUUAAAUACAAAAAUUAGAGGUUAUCCCAAAGGAAUCCGUGCAGGGCUGGACCCUCGGAAACCGAGCAUAGACAUAAAUGAAUCUUUCACCUACGUCACAUACAAAGGCAUUCCGUAUCAGUUGCAGAGCAUCGAGGUUUGGGGGUGUGGCACUCCCCAAUCAAGGGAGAUGCAAUUGGACAUAAAGAAGUGGGAGGUGAAGCAAGCGGAGAGACAGCGUGUGGUGAAGCUGUCAGCCAAUGAGUGGUCAGACCAUCCAGACCGUUACCUCCUAGAACUGGCAGGACGGCCCAACUAUUCACAGUCAAACAACUAAUGCAAUCCCUUGUACUGGCGUAGGUGCUUAUGGUAUCUUCCUGCAAAUGUUUAAAACAUACAAAUUUAUUGUACGCCGGAGCGUGUAUUUGUUAUAUGUCAAUUGUUUUAACUUAACAUUUUGGAGGUUGUGCAACAGUCAACAGUUGGUGUCACUUGUUACAAAUGAUGCUUUUUAUCGCAAAACUAUUUUUAUUACAAAAAUAACUUUCUAUUACAGUAAUAGGUUUUUUUAUUACUUGACACAAAGACAAGUGAUUGGGUCAUUAAACUGUUUAACAUCGUCCCAACAUGAAUAACCAACAUUUUAAUAUGUGCAACCUCUAGAGUGUUAACUGUGUGAUUUUAUUCUCUUGUGUGAUUUUAAAGUGUAAAGAGAUAGUUUUAAUAUUAUAAUAAUGGAAAUUUAUUCCUUAAAAAUGGAUAUUUAUUCUUUUAUAAAUAUAUUUGUUCUUUUAAAAACGGAUAUUUAUUCUGGGUGUAUUCUUUCAGCUCAUAGCUGUGUAAUUUCACUUAGCCUUUUAAACUGUUUAUCUUUAACAACUAUUUAUCUAAAAACCGAAUUUUUUAAAUGAUGCCUUGCAUUUUAACAUGUGUUGUUUUCAGUUUUCAUGUUAUAGUCUUAUAAAAAACUAAAGUUGUGGUUGUGAUCAAGUUCUGCUAAUACAGUAGUUGUUACAGAAAAUCAAACCAAACAUAUUAUUUAUAGAAUAGGGGUCAUGAUAUUUGAUAUAUAAGUGAUAUUAGUUAGUCAAACUUUGUACUCUAAAAUUAAAAUUACAAACAAUAGUUUAUACUUAUAAAAAAACACAGUACGGUAGUGCAAUGUAAGUAACGUUACUGAGAACAUAACCCUUAUACGUUAAAAAUUUGUAAAAUUGGUAUUAUUAAUGCUAUAGGUUUCUAACUAAAUAUUCAAAUUUCGUACCUUAUAUGCACAAAAGGCACAUGCCUUUUCCCGCCUGCUGCAAAAUACUGUACUGAUGCUACGGUAUUUAGUACCUCAUUUGCUGUUCUUAGCACUUGCUCUACUAGUACAUAAUGUGCUUAAAUUGAUUUAAGUUUAAUACAAUUGAAUUCGAGUCACUAGAAAUGGUACAUGUAAUUAUAUGUAUGCCAGUAGGGAAAACGAAUGUGAAUUCUUAAGCAUAAAAAUGCUUAGGUUACCGUUUCCACAUUGUAAAUUCUUUUUUUCUUUGAAUUUAAGUUCACAGUAGAGCUUAUUAUACCUGGUCAACAGUUUCUGUGCUAUGACUUUUUGAUUAGGAUUAUUCCUGCAAUUGAGUUGGAUUUAAAAUUCAGUAGGCCUACCACUUAUUAUAGUUAAAUUUAGUUAAGCUUUAAGUUAAGUUAAUAAAUAAACUUUUAUCAGAAAAUAUUACAUAAUAAAUACACAUAAUAAUUCACAUUCAAUAGUACAUAUGACACAUAAUAAUCCUAUUAAGAACUAUUUAUUUAAGUAACAACUGAGAAUUGCCUAGUAAAAUUAUGAAUAACUCCCAGGGUCAGUAGCCUGGGUACCUACAUAAUAAUGACUACUCAUAAAUUCUAGUUAAUUCAGGAACUGUUACUGAUUCUGGUACCAGUUCUUAGUCUUGUAAGUACUGUUACAGCUUGCCACUUAAUUUUUGUCUACGUCCUCAUUAUGUACCAUAGCUUUUUUAAAUAUUAUUUCAUUUACAGUUGGCUGAAGUAUAUGUUAAUGUUGUUUUUAUUAUAACUGAACUAAACUUUCUUUCCAUAUUUUACUUUUUGUCAAAGUUGCCUUAGGCUGCUUAGAUAGUAUACUGGUUCUAAACAAUGCAGAAGAAUAGUCAUUAUUGUGUCAGAAUUUCUUUUAAGUUUUUAAACUAUUCACUCUGUGUCAGAGUCCUUGGUCCUUAGCUGUCAGCUUUCUUGUUACCGGAUUGUUAUCACUACACAAUAAAGCAGGCCUACUUACUCCUUGCACAUCGUGUAUUUACUUGUAGAACACUAACCAUCACAUUGUUUUCCAACACUUACCCUUAGCUGAAAGCACCUGGUCAGGACUUUUGACCGACUCACUCGCCCACCCCAAUUAACUCUAGAUCCAUGAGCAGGACUCUGGUUCUGGUGUUGAUAGCUCAAUCCAAAUCCUUGAGGCUUUCAAUCGAAUAAUUUGUGAUCUCCUAAAAAAUCCUGAUCUUUUGAACAUUUUGGUAUGCAACUGUGAUAAUUAAUUAAUUGAUAGUGUUAGUUGAAUUGCGACCCAUCCAAUAUACAAUGUGAAUUUUACACAUUGUGAAACUGGAAUGUUUCCUCAAUAUAUAUUAUGAAAAAAUUAUAUUUUCCUUUAUGUACAAAUAGUCUUUUGUUGUAUUUCAUUUAACUCGUCUGCUUAAAAUAAAAAUAUUCACUCUUAACAGCCCUCAACUUUUAAGCAAUACUAAAACACUUAGUUUUCCAAUUGAAGGAUGUAAAUAAAAUUAGAAACAAUGAAAAAAUGAAAUGACUUAAUACAGUCUAAAAUCCUAGGUUGUUUUUUAAUAAAGUCAAUAUAUUUAGUCAAUUUAUGUGUUUGUUUUAUGUAUUGCACCUACGCCAUGUUAGAACUUGAAAUACCCAAACAAAUUAGUUUCUUAUUAAAUCCUGUCACAAUUCGACCUUAUAAUAUAAAAGAUUUUGUACAUAAUUGUAACAUCAUAGCAAAUAAAUACCUUUUUUAAACAGUUUUAUCAA